AUGAAUUUUGUAAAAACCAGAGCAACUUCCAAAAACCCACCAAUUUAUACUAGAGGUAGCAGUAAUAAUCCUCCAUAUGGGCAAAUUGUUAAUAAAACAAAGUCAGCAAUUUGUUUUUUAUGUCUAUUUGAUGGGUUAAGAAUCCCAUCAAUCAGAAGAUUAGUCAGAAAGCCCCAAAACAUAUGCGAUAGACCAUUGCUAACAUUUGACCCAACAUAUUAUGCACCAGAUUCUUCAAAAGCGAUUCAAGAGAUGUAUAACAAUGCUUUAAAGUGUCCAUGUGACUUUGCUGUCGAUCCAUCAGCACAAACCGUAUUAACGUUAUUACGAAAACAUUGUUCUUCAAUGCCUCCUCAAAGAAUUUUAUUACAUUAUUUUGGUUCAGGCUGUCAUCCACCAUCCGAUGAUGGCAACCUCUUUUUCUUCUCAGAUGAUAGAUCACGAUACAAACCAAUAAAAGUCGCCAAUCUCUUAAAUAGCUGUAAUUGCCCUAUUUGUGCCAUUAUUGAUGCUCCUUCAGCGGGCUCGCUAUACAGAGCAUUUCAAUGCAGACAAGAUGUUUUUGCCUUUUUGGCAUGCGGACCUGGCGAAUUGUUGCCAGUUUCGACUGAUGCACCAUUAGAUAUCUUUUCCUCAUGUUUAUUAUGCCCAUACGAUAUUGCCCUUUGGUUCUAUCAUCGCCAUCACAACGGAAUUAUUGAAGCAGAAAACAAUGGAACGAAAGAUUCAAAAGAAAGAUUAAUUCGAUUCUUAAACGCCAUACUUGAUUCAAUACUUUUCGAUUCACAAACACAAGACACAUACUACAGGUUCUCUAUUGAUCCUGCCGUACUUACUCUUGCACGUGGCUUUGUUUUAGCCCAAAAAGUUUUGUCUUCUUUCAAUAUCCAUCCAAUUUCGAUUCCAGAGCUUAAACCAAUGGAAUCUCAUCCAUUGUGGGCAUUAUGGGACACUACUCUUGACUGUGCAAUUGCCCUCAAUACCUCCCAAAUGUCAUCAAUGAUCUUUUCUUUAGUUACAACUUCAUUUGACUCUUUUCCUUCCACUUCACUUUUCCCUAUCUUUGCAUACUUCCUUUCCACAGAGCACCAUUACCACAUUGCACAGCGACUCCUUCAGUACAUAGAUUCCACUGAAGGUGCUGCAACAAUUGCUUCUCAUUCAACAAUUCCUUCUGUGAUUGUUAGCCUUGAAAAACCAUCAGUUUUAUCUUUAAUCAUUUUGUCAAAGAUCAUUGCAAUAUCUAAGAUCACUCCUUACGAGCAGAUGACACCAAUCAACUUCAUACAAGCCAAAGAUCCAGGAGUUCUGAAGGCAGGAAUGUUGAUGAUUUCAAUCUGCAUUUCGACAUCGCAUCUCGCAAAUUUCAACAAACUGACAGACGUUUGCAUUGAUCAUGCAGCACAUUGUGCACCAUAUUCAUGCAUAUUGUUAGGUCUGUUGGCUGAGAAAUCUGGUAGAUUGAUCCAAUUGCCUAAUUACGUUCCAAAAUUUUUGCCAUUAUUGAAGUCCAGAAAAGACACAAUAAGAGCAUCAGCAGCAUAUGUUAUUGGCAACAGCAGACAACCAGAUAUUGUUCAGUAUCUUGUUCCUUACUUGCAAGAUAAGUCGAGUUUGGUAAGAGCACAAUCUGUUUGGGGAGUUUGCAGAGGAAUGAUCAUUUCUCAGAAAAAGGAUUACUUGGAUUUGAUCUGCCAAAUGAAAGAUGAUAAAGACAAAAUAGUAAGAAAGACUGUAGAGUUGUUGCUCCCUUAUGUAAAAGCAGACGAGAUUAUUGAUGAUAUUAAAUUGCCACAAAAUCAUUUGUUGAUACAAAUGCUUGUGAAAAGUGUGAGUUCCAAUGAUUUUGUUUCAAGAUUUGAAGAUGAGGUCUUCAUGAUGUAA